AUGUCCGCCCGCGUCCCCCUUCUCCUCCGUGCCGGCGCACGCCGCUCCAUCUCCACCUCGGCUGUCCGCCGCGCCGAGCAGGUCGGCACCGUUGGCUCCGCCGUCCCCGUCGAGAAGCCCGUCGGAGGGUUCCGUGGCGGGGCCGUCCAUCCAGAAACUGACAAUACCCUCCUCGUCGUCCACUUGAUGAUCUUCAUCUCCCCACCGUCCCUCCCGCAGCUCCUCGGUUUCUCGGCUGCCACCGCCCUCGGUGUCUACUACCUCCAGGAGGACACCAAGGUGGCCACUGGCCUCCUCCUCUCGUCGGUUGAGGAGCUCCAGCACGGCACCCAGCGCAUCACCUCGCACCUUGACCGCCUGACCGCAGUGGAGAAGGACCUGAACGCCCUCCGUGCCGCCGCUGCUGUCAAGGAGGACAACGCGAAGGUCCGUGCUGAGAUGAAGAAGGUCUAUGACGGCCUUAACCUCGAGCUCCUCGACCUGCGCGCUCACGUUUGGGGUGUCGAGCAGGACCUCCAGAAGGUUGUCAAGACGGAGUCUAUCCGCAUCUAG